GUCACUUGAUCUUUACUAUGCUCUCAGCGGCCGGAUGAGGCUCAAUUAAGAACUCAGGUCGAAUCAACGCACGAUUCACCCUGUGUCCGGUCCCGAAACGACCCCGUGUUCGCUGGCCAAGUCCGUCAUUCAAGGCAUGCUCGCGUCCUAUGUCAUUCAGUGGUUCUCCCUCGCUGACAGGAGAAGAAUGAUUAGAGGGGGGAUGUGAUCCGGACACAUUUAUGGACGCGGACCGGGGGCAAAUAGCUCCUGGAGCCAAAGAAUCUCGCCAUCUGGCACUACACCCGGAGGUUGGAGAACUCAUCACAAGCAUGUCUGUCUCCUGUUGCCCAGAAAACCCAGAAUAGCACAAGUCUAGGCCCGCA